AUGAGUUCUUCAUCAAGCUCUCGUGAACCUUCACCAUCUGUGAAACAAACUUUACCAAACGAUUAUGGAGCACCUAUUGAAUAUUUCUUACGAGCUGCACAAUGGCAAAGAGCAGUCUCACCAAGGUUAGGUGUUCCACCAGCUCCUGUCAAAAAUAGCAUUUGGUCAAGUCCUUAUAUAAGAUAUGGUCUCCCACUAGGUUUGCUAGCUACAGCAGGAGCAGUUAUGAUGUUGAAAAGAAAAAA